AUGAAUAAUCGAUUGCUAUCAAACGACCAAUUAAGCUCCUCUCUUGUACUAAGUGAUUCUUUGUCAUCGGAUUAUGAUGACAUUAACAACAGCAGCAGUGGUUAUGGAAAAUCUAAAAAGAGUAAAAGCAAAAAGGAAAUUUCUUAUUCAAUUAAGAUCAUUAAACAAAGAAAUAACAAUAAUAACAACAAUAAUAGUAUUUCCAACUAA